AUGGUGCGCUAUUCAGGCGCCUCUGUUGUCGCGGCAGCUUUGCUGCUCUCGAGCGCUUCGGCGCAGUUCGUCAAAGCCCCGACCGACUUGAUCACUAAGAAGGGACAUGCUGGGAUCAACGUCAGGUACAAGGAAGUCCCGGCGGGCAUUUGCGAGCAAGAUCCCAGUGUGAAGAGCUAUUCCGGAUAUGCGGAUGUGGGUGAACAUGAGCAUAUUUUCUGGUGGUUCUUCGAGGCCAGAAACAAAGAUCCGACAGAGGCACCACUCACAGUUUGGAUUAAUGGUGGUCCAGGAUCGUCCUCUAUGAUCGGAUUGUUCCAAGAACUGGGACCCUGCGGAGUUGAUGCCGAUGGCAAUCCCUACAACAACCCUUACUCCUGGUCCAAUGCAAGCAACAUGCUCUUUAUCGAUCAGCCCACCACCGUGGGCCUUUCAUAUUCGAUUCCUGUCCCAGGAUAUAAGGAUAAUGGAGCCAUCAUCCAAUUGCCCAACAACACGUGCCCCGAUUACGCCGAAGGAACGGGCACUUGCGGGACAUACUCCAAGGCGGAUAUCGGUCUGGUACCCAACUCGACCCAGGGUGCCGCUCCAAAUAUGUGGAAGACUCUCCAGGGAUUUAUGGGUGCAUUCCCACAAUAUUCCCGCAACGGCUUCUCCUUCACCACGGAGAGUUACGGUGGACAUUACGGCCCCGUGUUCAAUGAAUACUUCCUUCAGCAAAAUGCAAAGAAAAUUCCCGGGGCUAUCAAGAUUCAGCUCGAGAACGUUCUCAUCGGAAACGGCUGGUUUGAUCCUCUGAUCCAAUACCAGGCUUACUACAAUUACUCCGUUUUCCCUGGCAACACCUAUGACUAUGACCCAUACAACGCCUCGAUCAAGGAGAAAUGGUACAACAACCUCUACGGCAAGGGUAACUGUGUCGACCAAACAAAGGAGUGCUACGCCACGGGUCGCAAUGACAUUUGCGCCAACGCGGACAAUUUCUGCGCGUACAACGUGGAACUCAUGUUUGACACUUAUUCCGGCCGUGACGAGUACGACAUGCGCGAGUUGAGCCCGGAUCCAUUCCCGUACGAAUAUUACGUGGACUAUUUGAAUAGUCCCAAGGUCCAGGCGGCGAUUGGCGCGUAUCAGAAUUUCUCCGAGUCAUCGUCGACUGUCUCGAAUGCGUUCUCCAACACGGGUGAUGACGAUAGGGAGUCAAAUACCAUUGAGGAUGUGCGGAAGCUGUUGAAGGCUGGUGUGCAAGUGGUCAUGUACUUUGGUGAUGCCGACUACAACUGCAACUGGCUCGGUGGACAAGUCAUUGCCGAAGAGAUCGACGCCCCUGGUUACAAAGAUGCAGGCUUUGUCAACAUCACCACUUCGGACGGCGUGGUGCACGGCCAAGUGCGCCAGAGCGAGCUCUACAGCUUUGUGCGCAUCUACGAGUCCGGCCACGAAGUCCCCUUCUACCAACCCCUCGCCUCUCUCGAGCUCUUCGAGCGGGUGCUCGCACGGAAGGACAUCGCCACCGGCAAGAAAUCCGUCUCGCGUCACUGUGGAUACAAGACCGAGGGACCGCCCACGAGUGAUUACCGCCAAGGUAACGCGACAAUUGUCAUGGACGUGUUGCCCAGCAAUGCCACCUAUAACACCACUCUAAAUGGGCCAAACCCGUUGACCUCACACAAGAUGCGACGGGCAAAUCUCAAGCGCGAGGUUGGUCCCAAUAAGAAGCUGGAGGCUAUCCGUAAAGUGCGACGGUCCAUGGGAGGUAAGCGAUUGGUGUGA